GUUGAAAUUGAUCUUGUUCAUUGAUUGAUUUGACGUGAAACAGAUUUGGCGCAAUGUGGCUCUCCUUGGGAUCAGUUGAAUUCGGUAAUGGUCGGAAGUGAUGUCUCGAGAAACAUAAGAGCAAAAGGUGGUGGCGGAAUUUAGAUCCUAUGGAGGGGAUUGUCAGUAAACUGAAGAAUCUGGACGCCUAUCCAAAAGUCAAUGAAGACUUCUUUCAGAGAACUUUAAGUGGGGGCAUCAUAACGAUUGGCAGCAGCAUAAUAAUGCUCUGCCUCUUCCUGUCCGAAUUAAGUCUCUUCAUGAAGAUCACCACCACAAACGAGCUUUCGGUAGACACUACGAGAGGGGAUCAACUAUCUAUCAACUUCGACAUGACAUUUCCUGCGCUCCCAUGCGAAUGGAUCAGCCUAGACCUGAUGGAUAUCAGCGGAGAGAUGCAUCUGGAUGUGGAUCAUGAUGUGUAUAAGCGGCGGCUAGACUCGAAUGGGGUGGUGAUUCCGGACAGCAUAGAGAAGCACCAGGUGGGGCCAGAGCUGGAUGACACGCUGCUGCACAAGGCGAACGAGACGGAGUGUGGAUCGUGCUAUGGCGCGGCGCCUGAUGAAGAGUGCUGCAACAACUGUGAGGAGGUGCGGGCUGCGUACAGGCGGAAGGGCUGGGGCUUCACAGACCCGCAGCAAAUAUCACAGUGCGCGAAGGAGGGCUUUGUGGAGAAGCUGCGUGCGCAGGAGGGGGAAGGGUGCCACAUGUGGGGCUCCCUGGCUGUCAACAAGGUGGCGGGGAACUUCCACUUUGCACCUGGGAAGUCGUUCCAGCAGGGGCCGAUGCAUGUGCACGACCUGGUGCCCUUCCAGGGGGUCACCUUCGACCUGAGCCACAGGAUCGACAAGCUCAGCUUUGGGCACGAGUACCCAGGCAUGACCAACCCUCUGGACCGCGUGAACUUGCCCAAGUUCAACACACGCAACCCCCAGGGCCUCCCCGGAGCCUACCAGUACUUCCUCAAGGUGGUGCCCACUAUAUAUGUCAACUCGCACAACCACACCAUCAACAGCAACCAGUACUCGGUCACGGAGCACUUCAAGGGGUCCCAAGACUUCCAGGCGCAGCUGCCGGGCGUCUUCUUCUACUAUGACCUCUCGCCCAUCAAGGUGAAGUACCACGAGACCAGGAUGUCUUUCCUGCACUUCUUGACAAGCGUGUGUGCCAUCGUGGGAGGCAUCUUCACCGUGGCGGGCAUUGUUGACGCCUUCAUCUACCAUGGCCACCAGGCCAUCAAGAAGAAGGUGGACCUGGGCAAGCAGAUCUAGCACUGUGCCAUGUCCCGCCGUGUGCGGAAGGCACACUUAAUCCUCUCAGAGGAGCAGGCUGCGAUUUGCUUGUAAGUAUAUGAGGGCGUCAGUGUGAAGGGCAUAAGUGGCUUAAUGCAUCAGUUGCUUUUUGAGAGGUGUUUGGCUGGUGGACCAGUGUUGACUUGCAAGGGUAGUUGGACUGCACCUAUAUAGCAGCCCAUAUAUGGGCUGUUGAAAUUUGUUUUGGCUUCUAUUCUAUUUUGUGACCCAGGAAUUGUAAACCCUAUGCCUCAUC